UGCGAUGGGCGCGGGGGGCGCGGGGCGGGCGCUGCUGGCGCUGGCGCUGCUGGCGGCGAGGGGCGGCGCGGCUCCGCUCCAGCCCGACGGCUCCGCCGCGCUCGGCAAGCUCUACCCCCGCGGCAGCCACUGGGCCGUGGGACAUUUAAUGGGGAAGAAGAGCACUGGAGAUUUCCCUUAUGUUUAUGAAGAAGAAAACAAGACCCCGUUUCCAGCACUGCCUGAAAAUCCCAACCAGCCUGAAGACUCUGUGCCGUGGGAAGAAGUCUCCAAGUACUUGCUGCGGCUGCUGGAAGGGAGCGGAAGGAGGGAUGCUCGUUUUUCCAAAGGAGGGCUCCCCUGGUAUGCCAGGAACACCUGGGAGACAGAUGACAGCAGCAGCUGGAAAGGUGAUUGGGAAGUAAAAACCAAGGACCUGAAAGUUCAGCUAUUUCUAUUUUCGAGAUGAAGACCUGAAGAUCAAAAGGGCUGUACUUUACAUUUUAGAAGAUGAUGGACUAUCUGCUUCAAGUUGUGAAUAUGAAAGAGAGCACUCCCAGCUGAAAGAAGGUCUCUGAAUCUCCAAGAAGUGGAAUACUUUCCGUAAGAGACUCUAUUUCGCAAGCACUCAAUUGUAUCAGAUAAUCAACAAGGUCUCUUUUCUGUAAACAAGAUUUCCUCUGUGUAAAUUCCCUAGGUUCACGUAUUCGUGUGUGUUGCAGCAGUGACUAAACUCUCUUCUUCAUUGUCAAGGUUGUGUUUCCUCACUCGAGAGGCUUUGAUAUCUAUAAUUGUCACGGAAGGGUCUUCCAAUUAAUUGUACGAGUUGCCUAUCUAAUCAGAUCACCUUUUAGUUCGAAGCUAUGUGGCAUCACAUUCGCAAUAAAUAGUACUAAU